GCACAGAGGCUGUGAAUGUCACUUGUUGCUCAGACAAGAGGUCAGAGCGCUCCAGUUCAGGCUGUACUUGGAAGAAGAGUGUGCGAUUGUUGUGCACCUGGUGGUGCUCUGGGAGCUCUUGUCACCCUCCUGCUCUGGGGGCAGCUUUUUGCUGUGCACAUUAACAACGAUGUCACAGACAUUGCAGAUGACAGCUGUCCAAAGCCCCCUGAGAUUGCAAACGGCUAUGUGGAGCACAUGGUUCGCUAUCAGUGUAAGCCGUACUACAAGUUGCGCACGGAAGGCAACGGAGUGUACACCUUAAACAGUGAGGGGCAGUGGGUGAAUGAGGUCAUUGGAGAGAAACUUCCAGAGUGUGAAGCAGUCUGUGGAAAGCCCAAGAACCCUGUGGAUCAGGUGCAGCGCAUCAUCGGCGGCUCUCUGGACGCCAAGGGCAGCUUUCCCUGGCAGGCUAAGAUGAUCUCCCGCCAUGACCUCACCACUGGGGCCACGCUCAUCAGCGAGCAAUGGCUUUUGACCACAGCCAAAAACCUCUUCCUGAAUCACACCGAGAAUGCUACAGCAGAGGACAUCGCCCCCACUCUGAGGCUUUUUGUGGGAAGAAAGCAGCCAGUGGAGAUCGAGAAGGUGGUUUUCUACCCCAACUACUCCACUGUAGAUAUUGGGCUCAUCAAGCUCAAACAGAAGGUGCCUGUCAACGAGAGAGUCAUGCCCAUUUGCCUGCCUCUGAAGGAUUAUGCGGAGGUGGGGCGCAUAGGUUAUGUGUCUGGCUGGGGGCGAAAUGCCAACUUCAGAUUUACCGAGCAUCUCAAGUACGUCACACUGCCUGUUGCGGACCAGAAGAAAUGUGUGGAGCACUACGAGGGCAGCACAAUACCUGAGGAGAAGACCCAGAAGAGCCCUGUAGGGGUACAGCCCAUCCUGAAUGAACACACCUUCUGUGCCGGCAUGUCCAGGUACAAGGAGGACACCUGCUACGGCGACGCUGGCAGUGCCUUUGCCAUUCGUGACGUGGAGCAGGACACCUGGUACGCAGCUGGGAUCCUGAGCUUUGACAAGAGCUGCACUGUAGCCGAGUAUGGUGUGUACGUGAAGGUGGCCACCAUCCUGGACUGGAUUCAGAAAACCAUGGCUAGCAGCUAGAGUAAGGCUGGCUGGAAGCCUUGCUUGGUGGCAAGAUUUUACCUUGGAAGGGGGAAAGGUGGGUGGGGAAGGGUUGGUUGUGAGGCUGAUGGGCAUCCGCCCUGCACUGCUGUGCCAAUCAAUAAAGAGCCUGCUUUGUAUUCA